AUGGCAAACCGCCUGAUCCCCCUCGUCAUCCUCCUGAUCGUGGUCAUCGUCCUCGUCGUGAUCGGCUUCAUCGCAUACAGCAUCAUUCAAGAAGUCUCCGACAAGACAAAGAGCAAGAUGGAGAAGCGGAACGUCAUGUUCACGAAGGAUGGGAUGAAAGUUGGAGUGCGCCAGGUCGGCGAGGAGGAUAUCCUCGUGAAUAUGUGGAACCACACUUCUUUCCCGGCGUACAAGAGUCGGCUGUGGGAUAUGACGGGGUCAGCGAGUGGAAGUGCGAGUGGCGAGGGAAGGGCUGAGCAAAGGAAGGGGUAG